UAACUUGGACUGGAAAGUAUGAUGGACAACCUGAAAGCUGAAUUGGCACAAGCGAAAAUCGACAUCGAUCAAUUGGAAAAGAAACAAUGGGAAACUUUGGAACAAUUGGUGAUGAGAGAUAAGCUUAUUGAGCAAUGCUCUCUACAUACGGAGAUUCUUCAAAAAGAUUUUCGAGAGAGUGAAGCACGAAUUAUUCAACUUGAGCAGCAACUUUUGGAACCUGGAGAAUGUGGUAGUGAGCUUCGGGCAACUAUCAAAAAUCAGGAGGAGUUACUCAAAAAGCAAUCAGAAGAAAUUGAGAGGUGUAAGGAAGAGAGCCGCAUGUUGAUUCAACAGAAGGAAGAAAUGGAAAAUAUUCAUUCAGAAGAAAUAUUUGGAAAAAACAAAACAAUUUCGAAUCUUCGUAAACAGAUCGAUGGUGAUGUUGAGAGAAAGAAGGCAAAGAUUCGUACGUUGAGAAAAGAACUGUGCUCAGCGGAUAUGAAUACAGGAAAGAUGUGUAGACGUGCCAAAAGAGCGGAAGAUAGAAUUGCUAAAUUGGAAUCCGAUCUUGAAGAAGAACGCCAAAAACAUGUGGGACAAGACAUCAGUCAUAUUUUGGAUCAACAUAACUCGACCGUCAUGGCGUUAGAGAUGCAACUUGCAAACACUCAGCAGGAAAAAGCCACGCUUAAUACAUCAGUUGAAGAUCUUAAACUUCGAACUGAAGAGUGGAAGCACAACUUAUUGGGGCAAUUUGAAGUAUUGACAGCCAAUUCAAAGAGAGAAUGUGAAUCAAAAGAAGAACAGAUUGCAAAUCAUAAAAGAGAAAUCAUGGAAAAAGAUAGCAAAAUUGAGUGUCUGAUGGAACUUAUUCAAAAUAGCGAACGAUCCGCUGAAAUUCAGAAGAUGCAUGAUGCAUUGAGAGAGAAGGAUUUGAAGAUUUCGGAACUUUCGGAAAAACUGCAAGGUCUUCUUAUCAAUCAAGAAGGAGAAGCUGAUGAUACAAUGAUCGAUCAAGAUGACGACAAUAAAUCCACACACAGUGAAGAUUCAGAUGGAUGGGAUAAAAUAAAUGCCAUCUAAUUUUUUGCACUAAAAAUGCGCCCCGAUUUUUCAUAUGCUUUUUAAUUUUUUUCCUUUUUUCCUUUUAAAUUUUAAAUUCAACUUCGUAUUGGAAGAAAGUAGCUCUUUAAUCGUAUUACCUUAAGCCUUCAACAAAAAAUUAUUUUUAAAAAACAAUUGUAUUCUUGUAAACUUUGUACCUUUUCUGUACUGCACUGUAUUAUAAACUUCAUAUGUUUCCCGUACUUUUGCGUGACUCUGUCAUUGUUUAUACUAAUGUGAAAACAUUUUACUUAUUACUAUUUCACAAAUUUUCAAGUAUCUUCACUUAUUCUCAGGGAUAUUCUGUUUCUCACCUCAUUUAAAAACUAUUCUCAUAACAAUUAUGUUCUUUCUCAAUAAAGUUAGUAUUACU